AUGCUUAAAAUGUCCUCUAUAUCGGCACAAGGAGUGGUGGAGCGUGCUUCAGCUGAGCUUUCGAAACGUAUCAAUGGCCUUGGCCUGCGUUCAAAGCAUCAUCAUGGUAGCGGAAGUGGUAAAUCAGGAGAGAAAACAAGCGUAAUGGAACGAGUCACAAAUGUGCUCUGUGGUGGCUCUAGCAGUAACAACUCCGCUCAAUCGGCAAAUUCAGGAAACGCACCAGAGAAACCAUCCAGGAUAUCCGGAAAUUCUGCAACUAACAGUGUCCCAAAUAGUGGGAAAAUAUCUUCCAGCAGCAAAUCGCAGUCGAAUACACCGCAAACUAUACGAAAAAUUUCUCAUCACCAUCAGCACCAUAGCGGCACCAGCAUAAUAAAUCAUCACGGAUCUUCAAGUGUGCACAGUGGUAAAAUGUUGGCGGCCACCCCACCACCGCCACAGAUUCUUACUAUUGAACAGUUACUAUUAGACGAACGGUUCCUGAAUCGUUUCUUCCUUUAUUUUUCCUCCUUUGAACGUUGCACUUUGGCGCAAGUCUGUCAAAAGUGGCGUGAUAUGCUUUAUCGCUCGCCACGCUACUGGAGUGGCUUAGUACCCGUUUUACAGUGUCGCGAACUGCGACAGAUCACAAAUCAGGAUAGGGUAAAACUUUAUAACUCACUAAUUCGACGCAGUUUCCAUGCCGUUUCCCUUAUGGGGGCCACCGAUGAGGAUGCACUGGAUUUGGUUCAUUCGUUUCCUCUCGCCUCGAAGCAUGUUCACUCGCUAAGCCUACGUUGCUCGUCCAUUAGCGAUCGCGGGCUGGAGGCGCUACUAGAUCACUUGCAGUCACUAUUCGAACUAGAGCUUGCAGGAUGCAAUGAAAUCACCGAAGCUGGUCUGUGGGCUUGCCUAACGCCACGAAUAGUGUCACUUUCUCUGGCGGAUUGCAUUAAUGUGGCCGACGAAGCGGUCGGAGCUGUAGCACAACUGUUGCCUUCACUGUACGAGUUUUCGUUGCAGGCUUAUCAUGUGACUGACGCAGCGCUUGGGUACUUUUCGCCAAAGCAAAGUCACAGCCUAAGCAUCUUACGGUUACAGUCAUGUUGGGAACUAACGAAUCAUGGAGUCGUGAAUAUUGUGCAUUCGUUACCCCAUUUAACAGUAUUAUCGCUAUCGGGGUGUAGUAAAGUAACAGACGAUGGAGUGGAGCUGAUAGCUGAAAACUUGCAGAAACUUCGAGCCCUCGACCUAUCCUGGUGUCCACGGAUAACGGACGCCGCACUCGAGUAUAUUGCCUGUGAUCUGAACCAGCUGGAGGAGCUGACCCUUGAUCGCUGCGUUCACAUAACCGACAUCGGCGUCGGGUAUAUUUCGACAAUGCUGUCGCUGUCGGCCCUAUUUCUACGCUGGUGUACGCAAAUCCGUGACUUCGGUUUGCAACACCUGUGCUCCAUGCGUAAUCUCACGGUGCUUUCCUUGGCCGGCUGCCCACUGCUUACAUCGUCCGGCUUGUCGAGCCUAAUUCAGCUGCGUCUUUUGCAAGAGCUGGAGCUGACGAACUGUCCAGGAGCGUCCCAGGAACUUUUCGACUAUCUAAGAGAACAUCUGCCGCGCUGUUUGCUGAUCGAAUAA